AUGAGGGGAGGAGAGCAGUGCGCUUUUCGUUAUUAUGAGGUUCUGCCGCUGGACCUUGAACCGGAUUAUAAAUUAGGAUACACAUGCGACAUGUGCUCCAAGGACUUUUCCAAAGCCCCAUUUUUUCAUUGUGCGCGUAGCGGCCGAGACUUAUGUAUGAGCUGUGGUGAGAAGAUGGGAUUGAGUCCAUAUUCAGCGUUGAUCAACAGGGUAAUGAUUCCUGAUCUUGUCUGGCGAGAUGCUCAAAAGGAAACUGUCGUUGUUCUUUGCUAUCAGAUACACUUUGAAACCCUUGGGUGCCACUUCUCGGAUGGAUCCAAUCUUUUAAUACCCCAAAGAGAUGAUCUUCCGAGUUACUUCAUAGAUUCAGGAUCUAGUUUUGAAAAUUCUACGUUGCUCGCCAAAAACGACCUUCAACGAAGGUUUCCGUGGAUAAAAGAAGCCUUGAAAAAAAUAAAUCUGGAUGGUGUUUCUUUCCAUCCCAUGUCGACCUCCAGUGAUCGCUCCCGGUCCUGCUUUUUGAAGUCUUUUCGUCAGGAUGGGGUUUUCAUAGAAUUUCGUUUGUCUGACGGUUUUUGCGAAGUCUUGCACUGUAGUGAAGGGGUGGAUCUUGUGAUAAAAGAUGCCCUCAUUGUUUCGUGUUUAGUGUUGAAUUCCCCGGUACGUUGGGGCAAGGUAUUACCAAAAGCAGCUUCUGUGGCUCUUGAAUGGUUUCUGAAAAACCAGUGA